GGUUAGAUUCAUUGUAAAUUUUUAAACCAUUAGCCUUAAAUAAAGUGAUAGGCGCUGAAUUUAAUUUUAAUCUUGGCCGAAUAGAAAAAUUCAAAACUCUAUGUACUUGAGUCAACUGGACAUGAAUGGAUUUUCUUUUUAAUUCGAGUAGUGGAGAAAAAGACAAGUUGUGCUCUUUAAUCUAGAUGGGGACUUACUUAAAGUGCAGUGGUGAUUGUUUUCUAUUUUAAAUUCAGACAAAUCCUCGUGUAAUGGGUUUUAACGCGCCUAACGGUCGGGCAAAAGAAAUCGUCAAAAAUUGUCUCUUCCGUUUGAUUGAUAGGAUGAUGGUGAAAUACACGACUUUUACUCUUUAUAGUAUUGAAAAUGAACUAGUGGUCGUCGCCGAUGAGGGUAUAUGCAGGAGUCCAAUGAAAGUUUUAAUAGAUAGUGAUGUGCAAUUGACAGUAGCACCACUUAAUGCGCGCUAUUGGGAACUAGCGGAUUACAAGGAUAAGCUUACUGCUACGAUAGGAGAUCAAGUAGUCCUAAGCUCAGAUGCUAGUUGGGCUACACGCCUACUUGUAGGAACCCCUGUUAUGCCCACAGCCACUGGACACAGUGGGGCUAUCCCUAGCAAUGAAGAAUGUGGUAUUAGAGAUGUUUGGGCACAUAAUUUAAAAGACGAAUUUAAAAUUAUAAGGAAAAUUAUUUCAAAAUACAACUAUGUUGCGAUGGACACGGAAUUUCCAGGUGUCGUCGCCCGGCCCAUUGGUGAAUUUCGAAGCACUGCUGAUUAUCAAUACCAACUGUUAAGAUGUAAUGUCGAUUUACUUAGAAUCAUCCAACUUGGGCUCACGUUUCUCGAUGAAAAUGGAAAGCCGCCAGCCGGUUCUUAUAGUACGUGGCAGUUCAACUUUAGGUUUAAUCUAUCGGAAGAUAUGUAUGCUCAAGACAGCAUAGACCUCUUACAGAAUUCAGGUAUUCAAUUUAAAAAGCACGAGGAAGAAGGAAUUGAUCCUAUUGACUUUGCGGAACUGUUAAUGACAUCUGGGAUAAUACUUAUGGAAAAUAUUAAAUGGCUUUCUUUCCACAGUGGUUAUGAUUUUGGAUAUUUAAUAAAACUCCUCACAGAUCAGAAUUUACCCAAUGAUGAAAGUGAUUUUUUUGAAUUGUUAAAAAUUUAUUUUCCAACUGUGUACGACGUCAAGUACUUAAUGAAGAGCUGUAAGAAUUUAAAAGGCGGUCUGCAAGAAGUCGCCGACCAACUGGAGCUGACGAGGGUCGGCCCACAGCACCAGGCGGGUUCUGAUUCACUCCUGACGGGCAUGGCGUUCUUUAAGAUGCGAGAGAUGUUUUUCGAGGACAACAUCGACGACGGGAAAUACUGCGGUCAUCUCUACGGGCUUGGCACUUCCUUCGCGGUAAAUGGCAACAGUUUCCAUGACAACGGUGACAACGGAAGCAACUCGUGAUAAGGACAUUUUUCACCGAGGAAUGUGUGGCAUUUGCUCGCGAUAUGUGUAUAUAGCUAAAUGAGCCUCCAAAUCGUGAACUCUAUUUCUUAUAAAAAAGCAAAAUCACGUAAAACAAAAACUUUUUGUGCCCAUCCCACAACUUUCUUCUCUUUAUUUUUAAAGUAUAAUUAAGUUUAAACUGAACAAUUUUUUUUCUUUUCUUUUCACUCAUUUUUUUUUCUUUUGUUUUAUAAUCUGAUCAGGUUAACUACAGACUCAGUGACAAAACCAACCCAGUAUUCAACUCUUUAAACAAAUCUGUGAUUUCUGAAAACACUUUUUUUACUUUUAUUGUAAAUAAUAACAAAGUGUAAAAUGUUCUAUUUUAACAAUAUUUGGAAAAAAUACAAAAAAAAGUAAUUGUUAAUAUUAUUAUAGAUAUAUUUAUUUUUGUCACAAAUCUGUUAAUUAAUAUUAUUAUUUGUUGAAUUAUCAUGAAACACGUGUUGAAAUUAUGCAGCGGUGAUUCUUUUGUCCCUGAACACUGGGUCUUUUGUUGGUCUAGAUGUAGUCAACCUUGUUGGAUUUAGGUUUAAGAUAAUUGCUUAUAUAACACAUGUGUAUGUAUAAUCCCUUCUUCCCUUCAUCCCUUCAUUUUCUAUUAUUUUUUUAAUUUGUUUGAAAUAUUUGUAAAAUAAAAUGACCCCUCCCAUCAAAUUAGUAAAUCAAUUAUUGUAGAAUUUAGGUUGUUAUACAUACAUCGAGUACACUGAUUGUAAAAAAUUAUAAGAUUGGUUUUUUUAAUUAAACAAAAAAAAAUUUAAAAAAAAUUCAAAACCCAGUUUGAAAAAAAUUAAAUUAGGGUAAAUUAAAUGCAUAUUCGUUUUUGUAAAAUAUAUUUGUAGUAUCUAGAAAGUUUUGACUUGAGGCAUUUAUUUACAAGUAAUCACUGCCCCCUGUACACAAUUUGUAGAAUUAAAAAAAAAAAAAAAAUUUCAUAUUUA